CGCGAGGCUUCGCGGCCAGCCCCGGCGGCCAGGCCGAGCGAGAGCCGCCCCGGAGGGACCGCAAAUGAAGUGCGAGAACUGCACCAAAAAGGAAUGCAGUAAAAAACAGAAAAAUGACGAUGCGCAAAGUACGUCGGUGGAUGUGCUGAGUCCUAACGAUGACUUUGAGGAGAAAAAUGAGUUUUUUACAUUGGCUAAUGCUAAAAUACUCCUUAGCGACUGCCUAGCGUGUGACAAUUGCAUGACAUCAGAAGAAGGAGCCAGAGUUUUCCAACAGAAUCAGAAGGAGUUCUUUCGCAUACUCAACCUUAAUAAGAAGUGUGAUACCUCAAAACACAAAGUGUUGGCAGUGUCUAUAUGCCCUCAGUCAUUGCCUUAUUUUGCUGCUAAAUUCAGUCUCUCUGUGAAUGAUGCAGCCAAGAGACUCUGUGGUUUCCUCAAAAGUCUCGGGGUGCAUUAUGUAUUUGACACCACUAUAGCUGCUGAUUUCAGUAUCCUGGAGAGCCAGAGGGAGUUUGUGCAGCGGUAUCAACGGAGGAGCCAGGAGGAGCAUGCCUUACCCAUGUUUGCCUCUGCUUGCCCUGGUUGGAUCCGGUAUGCAGAAAGGGUUCUUACCAACCUCGUGACCCCCCACAUUUGCACUGCAAAGUCUCCACAGCAGAUCAUGGGCUCCCUGGUAAAGGGCUAUUUUGCCAGGCAGCAGAAUUUGUCUCCAGAAAAAAUCUUCCAUGUAGUUGUGGCACCUUGUUAUGACAAAAAACUGGAAGCCUUGAGGGAGGACUUCUACACUGCCUUGUACAACUCCCAAGAAGUUGAUUGUGUUCUAACAUCAGGUGAAAUUGUCCAAAUAAUGGAGCAGAAAAAUGUGUCUAUGAAAGAUGUGACUGAAGUAGCUGUAGAUACUUUGUUUGGAGAGAUAAAGGAGGGCGAUGUGGUAAGGCAUGAUGGGAAGAGAUCUGAUGGGUACCUGGAGCACAUCUUUAAACAUGCUGCAAAGGAGCUUUUUGGCAUGGAUGUCAAAGAAAUCACCUACAGAGCAUUAAAGAACAAAGACUUUCAGGAAGUUACCCUUGAAAAGGAUGGUGAGACAGUGCUGCGUUUUGCAGCAGCUUAUGGCUUUCGGAAUAUCCAAAACAUGGUUCUGAAGUUGAAGAAAGGAAAGUUUUUAUACCAUUUUGUAGAAGUCCUCGCCUGCCCAGGAGGGUGCCUAAAUGGAAAAGGCCAGACACAAACUGAAGAUGGAAAACCAGAUAAAGCACUGCUUAGCCAGAUGGAGGAUGUCUAUGCUGCAAUACCUGUCAGACUUCCAGAAGCCAACGCGUACGUACAAAAGAUGUACCAGGACUGGCUGGAAGGCAUGGAUUCCAGGAAGGUCCAGGAAGCUUUGCACACCAAAUACAGUGCAGUAAAUCAAACAGCAAGCAACUUAGAUAUCAAAUGGUAACAAAUCAAUCUUCCCAAAUAUUUGCUUAAAUUAGUUACAGAUUGAGCACUGGAAACAUUCUAUGCAAUUGCAGACGCUAUGCACUAGCCAAGUGUACAGAUGAGAUGCUUUCCAAAUUGUGGAUCGUUUGCCAUGAAGAACCAUUGCUUUUUGCAAACAAAACCAGAAGUCUCCAAGAGCCCUGGCUCCUGCUGGGUUCCUGCCAUUGUCUGUAAGCUCUUACUGCUUGUUGUCUCCUGUGUAUAAUGGAUUUCUUCAUUCAAGAAUGUGAUCUUGCAAGGUACACGAGCACUUUCUGCCAGGUGCAGGGAGUGCAAUGCUGAGAUACUCCAGAUUGAGGGUUCCCACUGCUUCACAAAUUGAUUUUUUUGCAGGCGACAUCACCUUCUCCUACUCCACAGUGUGCAGUUUUCUUCUUGGGGGAACAGUCAUCAUGAAUUACUAUAUUAUUCCAAUUGUUAUUAACUUGGGAUUUACUUGUCGUCUUGUUAAAAUAACUCCGCAACUUGGACAAGUGUGUAUAUGGAGAGAUGUAAGGAAUUUAUACAUGCCUUCUGUCUGUAUUUGAGCAAAUGCUUUUCAGUUCCAAACUAGUCACUGUUCCUUACUGGUAAAACCUUUUGUAGGGAACAAGAUACUUCAUAUAGACUGAACACGAGAAAUUAAUGUUAAGUGGUUGUAAUGCAAUCCUUCACAUAAAAAUACUUGCAAAUUGGUUGGUACAGAAAGAACUAUUCCUCUUAAGCUUUCUUAUAAACUUGCAGCUAGAAAGAAUGAUGCUGCUUACCUGCAGUUCUUUAUGGAAGCAAAAUGUGCAGAUGUGCUGCCAUGUGAGCAUGUGCACAACAGCUUUGUUAGAUCUGCUGAGCCAGAUUUACAGCACUUCCAUCUCAUCUUUCACUACACAGAACCAUAUUAUUCCUUUUAAUUUAUCUCCACGAUGGACUUCUGUGAGAGUAACUUCAUGGAGUGCUUCUGGAAAACUACUUAGCAGUGCUUGUGAGGUCAAAUUGUUCUGCACUGGCGUCAUUAAUUUUGGUGUCCUUAUUUUUCAGGUGUGCCAUUUUUGGUAUGCUUUUUAUUUAGCAAACGUCUUAAAGUCGUAUCUGUGUGCAAACACUUCUGCAGCUUCACAGAGAUCAGAGUUGUUCUGUCCACCAUAAUCUUGAACAUCAACCUAUUGCCAAACAUCUGCAGAUUAUCCUAAUAGCAUCAAAUUUGUUCUUGAUUAAUGGAUUAUUAUUAUUUUUAGCUAGCAAAGUUUCAGAUUGUUUUCUAGUCUGAAAAUACAGCUCAGCUUUUUUCAGUUGUUUCAGGAAGCGUUUGAAUGCAUCUUGCAAAUGUCCUAGCUGUGCAGCUGCUUCUGUGCAUCACUUCCAGUACUGCAAAAACCUGUGUCUGUUUGCAAUCAGCAUUUGACUUGAACGCAGUGGAUGUGAUAAAGGCAUCAGUAAAGGCAGUGCAGGUGUUUGCAGUGGCAGAACAGAGGCUCAAGCACAGAGUCCUGAGUUCCCCUGAUGCCGAGAGAGCUGAAUGUGAAGCUGUUAACAGAACUGAUGUUUUAGUUGGAUCUCCAACUAAAUAGAACGUCUCACUUGGAGGGAUGUUUUUUCCAAUGCACGUGAAUUGGAUUACUGCUCUAUCUGAAGGCACACAAUGAGAUUAUUCCAGUAAAUCAGCCUUUGUAAGUUGUUCCUUGUUUCAAUAAAAACCUUAUUCUUAUGUGGUGCAAUAUCAGGACAUCUACAGAAAUCUACCUCUGUACAGGAAGGGAGUCCAGAAGCAUGGGAAGACCCAGGCAUAGCCAAAAUCUCCAUAAAUGCUGAGGCCAGAUGGUGGUGUUGCAUAGAAGUCUGAACAGCCUGCUUCUGGAAGCAACACCUCACCCAUUCAGUCUCCUUUUCUUUCCGUCAUGAUUUCCUCCAAGAACUUCCCUAGAAAGAAAUAACUUGUAACAAAGUGGUCUCGUUCUGUUUGUACAGGCAUACGUUUCUAUGUAUAUAUGGUUUAUAGCUUGAUGCCAUGUUUAAAUUAUAUUGCUUCCAUCUUUGUAUAGUGUGCUUAUUUUUUAUGUGCGUGUACUGGACAAAAUGGUACGAUAGCGUUGUUUGCUUUUCUGAUGAAACCGUCAUUAAAUUUCAAAAGCGCUGCCUUUCAAUUCUGAAAAGGUACCCUUGGAUUGUUUGCACAACCUGGGCCACUGCUGCCCCUGUUCUCUGCCUGCCGCCCUGCUGUGACCCCAGGAGCAGCGCAGUGCCUGCAGUGAGCCUGGCUGCGCUGCUCUGCAAAGCGAGCACGUGGCUCAGCACAACCAAAAGCCAACCCUUUUCAGUUGAAUCCACCCCGUUUCUUCCCUCUACUUCGUGUUGUAAUGCACUGAGAUAGCAGUGUACAGACCCAGUAGCAAAUGUCUCCUGCAGCCUUUUGAAGGCGACAGAGGUGUUGAGCUGCACAGCUUCUAGUGGCGAGUUGGAAUGUAUAACAGUGAUGUGUCUGAGACUUGUCCUUUUUGUGUUGUAAGACUUGGAGUAAAACUGAUUUUAAAUUUUUAGAACUCUUCUUUAAUGUGCCAGUUGGGCUUUAUUUUAAUGACCUUUUAACAUUAAUUAGCCUUUGUCCUUUUACCUUCUUUCAGUGAGAUUUUAACAUAUAUUAGACAGCCUUGUUGCAGCUUUGCCUAUAGUGGAAUACUUGCCUGAGACUCGAUUCUGGCUGUUAAGUCCACGUUUGCCAUGUCUGUCAUUGCUGACAAUACAUAGUUUUAGCUACAGUUUCUGAAGCUACAGCAUCACUUAGAUCUGAUCAUUUUUUUGGUAAAUAAUAAUAAUCUUCAUUGCUGCUGCUUUUCAGCAGUGAGGGAACAGUUGGUGGCAGCCGUAGUGCUGUACUUCUCAGUUGAAUGUUGUGCUGAGAGAUCUGCCUCCAGGUGAUUUUUAGAAAGGAGUACAAUGAAGGGAUGGGGGGAGGGUAACUGGAAAUGCUAAAUUUUAAUUUGGAAGCUGCCUUAAGGUAUAACUGACUUGAACACAUUGAGCAAUAGGUACCUUGGGCUACGCAGUACCUGGUGCUGAGAAUGCUCCUAGGGGUUGUAAAGUAAUUUUGCUCUGCCUUUUCCAGUGAGUUUGCCUGAGCCACAGAGCCUUGUGUUGGUUUAUCCACUGCAGGUAAAGAAGAGGGAGAGAAACAGAGUGACAAACAUGUUUGUAUGUAGCGGUCUCCACUGGAUUACAUCUGGAUAAUAAUGUUCAGUUACUGAAACCGCAGUGCUUUGUGUUCAAAUGGAGCAUGACCAUGAAUCGUCCUAAUAAAUCUUGAUACUGGAUCAUGAA